GGACAAAGAUCGUACGAUUUUUUAUGAAUGUGCGAUUCUUACGCAUGCGCCCUUCCUUUUAAGUGCUCUUCAAUAAGGAGAUAGUUCGCGAACAAACGUCAAAUCAUAACUACUUCUGCUGCAUCGAUGAUGGAGUCAAGUCAAAAGAAAAUGAACUGGUCUCCUGAAGAGAGGGACGUACUAGUUUCGCAAUGUCAGCAGUCAGAGGUGGCGACGGGAAAAUUCUCGUCCACCCUGACUGCUGCGGGAAAAGCCCGCUUUUGGACAAACGUUACAGAAAGCGUGAACAGUGUGAGUAAGUGCACGCGGACUAUUGAACAAGUCAAGAAGAAGUGGGUGGACCUUAAAUCGCAAACAAAGAAGAAGAGAAUUCUACAUAUGCAGGAGGUUAGGAAGACUGGGGGUGGCCCAGCCCCUGUUCUUGACCUGGAGACUUGGGAAAGUCAGGUUCUGAAGUCAAUACCCUUGUGUAGUGUCGAAGGUAUAAAGAACGGGGCGGACACUUUUCUAGAGAAUACUUGUACUGCUGUCCUGACAGAGGGUGACAGGAGCUGUGCGGACCUCCCAACUGGUAGUUUGACAGAGUGUGCAACCAACAGUGUAGAAAAGGUCACAUGUGCAAGCAGUAUUGAGGUUUGGGUUUCUGUGAUAGGUAGUGAUGUUUAG